AUGAUGAAGGCACAGGGUGUAUUGGUGGGGGUGUCUCUGCUGACUAGCGUAGCUCUGCUGGGACUGAUAAACGUGCGGCGGAAAGAAGAGAUGAAGGAGCAGAAACAUGUAUCGUUCGAGACGAUUAAACUGCGUGUGACCAGAGACGUACUGGGAGAGUACCAACACGAGGUGAUCAGAGCUCACAACCUGCUGGACAAGACCAAGGCGCAGGUGGAUACUCUGGGGUCAGAACUCCCCCCACUGCAGGCUGCAGAGGCCAAGAAGAAGAGUGAACUGGAGGCAUGUCAGGGAGAAAAGAAACAUGUUGCGGAUGAGGUGGGGGCCGUUGAGGCAGAGAACAGUAACUCUAAAACUGAGUUUGAGAAGCAAAACGCUGCCUGGGUAGCAGAGAUGACGUCUCUCAAACAGCAGGUGGUGCAGCGCAGCAAAGUGUGUGUCUUUGUGAAGAAGGACUCUGUAGAGGGAAGGAAACUGUGUGGGGAUGAACCGCCUAAACAAGAGGCCGCUCCAAAACCAGAUGCCCCCAAACCAGAAGAAUCCAAACCAGAUGCUCCCAAACCUGAUUCUCCUAAAGAAGCCCCUAAACAAGAGGCCGCCCCCAAACCAGAAGAACCCAAACCUGAGGCCCCAAAGAUGAGAUGAGCAGAGCUGGGGAUGGACGAAGAGAACGGGAAGAGAACGGGAAGAGCAACGUGGAAUCAAAGAAAAGACAUAAGGAAGGCAGAGACCUUCUGCAGGACAUUUCUCUGUUCCUUUUUAAACUCGUUAGAACUUGUCCUUCAUGCUACUUUAGUGUCUAUUAACUACCAUCUAACAUGAGUGGAUAUUGAAUACUGUUUGUUAACCUUGUCCAUUCCUCUCUCUCAGUAUGACCCUCCCUCGGGGGGUGUUUGUGUGUGAUUUGAACAAAUGUGUAUGUGCCACCAGUAUCGACCAAUUGGAAAGUCCAAAGCCUCUCUCUGUCACUCCUCAUCAUCCUCACUCUGUUACCCUGGUGACGGUAUUAUGCAGUGGUGGCGACCAUAGCAUUGACCAAUCAAAAGUCAUGGAUUAAACUAAUGGUAUUUCUGUUUGUCUGAUUCUGAUGUAAUAAAGCUUAACCCUAAAGGAAA